AUGUCUGCGAGCUCUUUCCGCUGCUCGCGUACUACUGCAAUACGUUAUUUAUCUACUUCACCGCCAUAUGAUCCAAGUGUUAAACGCUACGAUGUCGUUGUCGUCGGCGGUGGUCUCGUGGGCUCUGCUUUGGCUUGUCAACUGAAGAGCCAUCCAAUGUUUAAAGGCAAGAACGUUGCUGUUAUUGAACCCGCAGCACCUCCUGUUGCACCAUCUGUGGAGGAAGAUUCGCCCGAUCUUCGCGUAUUCACGAUUACGCCUGCUAGUCGAAAUCUAUUGGAGAGCAUUGGUGCCUGGGGCCUUAUUGCUGACGGCCAGAAGACUGCUUUCAAGGAUAUGCAAGUCUGGGACGCUAUGGGCGAUGGGCAUAUCCGCUUUGAUUCUAAAACACUGGGUAAAGAUGCGCUUGGUUAUGUUGUUGAACAUCGCGUUCUGGUGCGUGCAUUGCACGACCGUAUGAGUCAAUUAGCCGCUGAAACAGACGAUAGCGCUCCUCUUAAGCUUUACUGCCCCGCUAAGGUCAAGCACUUCCAGCGUCCUACGAUUGUAUCUGGUAUUUCUUCCAUUGGUCUUGAAGAUGGUCAGCGCUUAAAGGCCGACCUCGUGGUAGCAGCAGAUGGAGGCAAUUCCAUUGUCCGCACCCUCUCGGCACUCGGUACUUGGGGAUGGGACUAUGAUCAACAAGCGGUCGUAGCGACUGUUAAGACUGAUCGUCUGAAUGAAACAGCUUGGCAACGUUUUUAUCCUACAGGCCCAGUAGCACUACUACCUAUGCGUGAUGGGUACUCAUCGGUAGUGUGGUCAUGCUCAGCGGAAAUGGCCAAGGAGCUCACCGAACUCAAUUCUGACGAGUUUGUGGUGCGUCUUAACGCUGCAUUCUCUGCCCCACCGAUUUCUACUGUGCCCCCCGAAUUCCCAGGUAUUCCUCUACUCUCUGACCUGGUCAAGGGCGUGCAUGAUGCCGCCAAUACAUUAAUGUCUGCUGCGGCCCUCACAGAGCCAUUUGUCGCCCCGCCUAAAGCUAUCGAUGCAGUGGGACUCCGUUUCGCCUAUCCACUCAAGUUAAUGCACGCAACCAAAUACAUUAAGCCUGGUGUUGCUCUUGUGGGUGACUCUGCUCACACGAUCCAUCCAUUGGCUGGUCAGGGACUGAAUCUUGGGUUAGGAGACGUGAACGCGUUAAGCAAUCUCCUGAUUGAAGGUGUCAAAAGCGGUAAAAACCUUUCAAGUGAGUAUUUUCUGCAGCAGUACGAAAGCGAACGUUUAAAGGACAAUAUCACCAUGCAACUGGCAAUGGAUGGGUUUAAGCGGUUAUUUGGUCCUACUCCUGAUGCUGUGUCUGUGGCACGUAAUGUAGGCAUGGGUACACUUAACGCUGUAGAACCACUCAAGAACCACAUCAUGAAAUAUGCCAUGGGAUUGUAG